GGCUCCGGGGCGGCGCGGCGAGCUCCGCUCUUCCUCCUCCUUCUCCUGCUUCUCCUCCUCCUCCUCCUCUUCCGCGGCGGCGGGCAGAUGCGGCGGAUCGCGGGGCGGCUCCGGCCCGCAGCGGGCUCCCGUCCCCCCGCCGCCCCCAUGGACGGCAGCGGGGGCAGCAGCCGCGCGUAGCUGGGAAGGCAUGCCCCAAACGCUGACUUCUACCAGUAUGUUUACCCCAUGUAGCUUCAGCCCUCAUCUACAUACUGCAAAAGAAGAUGAACAAGGAGGACUGAUCUUCCAGGAUGGAAACCUUACCUCAGCAUCUCUGGAUGCUCUAAUCCAGCAUCUCAUACCCACCACUGAUUACUACCCUGAAAAAGCCUAUAUCUUUACAUUCCUGCUGAGUUCCAGACUCUUCAUCGAACCCCAUGAGCUUUUGUCCCGAGUUUGUCACAAGUGCAUUGAGCAGCAGCGGCUGGAUGACCCCGUGCUGGACAAGGCACGGAUCAGAAAAUUCGGACCCAAAAUCUUACAGUUGCUGACAGAGUGGACAGAAACAUUCCCGUAUGACUUUCAGGAAGAGCGGAUGAUUGGCCACCUGAAAGACAUGAUUCACAGGAUAGCCCCAUGUGAUGAGGCCUACUGGAAAAAGAUGAAUCAGCUUCUGCAGACCCUGAAUCAGAAGCUUGCAACCCUCAGCCAUGGGCAAGAAGGGAUUGUCAAGAUCAGUGCUGCUGUCUCUGAUAAGCUGGUUGCCUUUAAAAGUAAACCGCCAUCAAUUCAGAGGGAGAUCCUGAGCGUCUGCAGUGACCCUUACACUCUGGCUCAGCAGCUGACACAUGUGGAGCUGGAAAGGCUAAGUCACAUUGGACCUGAGGAGUUUGUGCAGGCAUUUGUACAUAAAGACCCUCUGGAUGGCACCAAGCCUUGUUUCAGUGAACAAAAGAAGACCAGUAACCUUGAGGCCUACGUGAAAUGGUUCAACAGACUCUGCUAUCUUGUGGCAACAGAAAUUUGCAUGCCUGCAAAAAAGAAACAGCGAGCACAAGUCAUUGAAUUCUUCAUUGACGUUGCCCGAGAGUGCUUUAACAUAGGGAAUUUUAAUUCACUGAUGGCAAUCAUUUCUGGAAUGAACAUGAGUCCAGUUUCCAGGUUAAAGAAGACUUGGUCAAAAGUGAAAACAGCCAAAUUCUUCAUUCUUGAGCACCAGAUGGACCCUACUGGUAACUUCUAUAACUACAGAACCGCACUGCGGGGGGCUGCUCACAGAUCCCUCACUGCACACAGCAACAGGGAAAAGAUCGUGAUCCCCUUCUUCAGCCUAUUGAUCAAAGACAUUUAUUUUUUGAAUGAAGGAUGUGCUAAUCGCCUUCCAAAUGGACAUGUCAACUUUGAAAAAUUUCUGGAGCUGGCUAAGCAAGUAGGAGAAUUUAUAACAUGGAAGCAAGUGGAAUGUCCCUUUGAACAAGAUGCUAACAUAAUCCACUACCUGCAUACUGCUCCCAUUUUUACUGAAGAUGGUUUGUAUCUGGCUUCCUAUGAAAGUGAAAGUCCAGAAAACCAGACUGAAAAAGACAGAUGGAAAUCCUUAAGAUCCACUAUUUUAGGAAAGACUUGAAGAUUAAGAGAUUAUUGCAGUAGGUCAAAGAAAAGAAAUCCGCAAACAUUUUGCACUACUGAUUCCAAAGAUGCCUGUUUGGGAUGUAGACAAUUUACUUUCUUUGAGUUUUGUUUUUUGUUUUUGUUUUUUUUUUUUGACUGCCUAACAUGCUGGAUGAACUGGAUUCAUCCAGCGAAAUCAACAGAACUGUGCACGUGGACGCUUUUCUAACUAUGAGAGAGAUAAAGGAAGGACAGACUAUUUGUGGCUGUGCCCAAACUGCGUCAGGAUCACUGUAACCUUUGCCUCUGAAGGAAAAUAGAAGAAAAUCAGGAGCAUGGAGAACCAUGGUACUGCAAAAGAGAAUGGAAAUGUAAAAAUAAAAAUAGACAUGCCUAUUUCAGAAGCAGGUGCUUCAGAAAGCAGCUCUUUAAACCCUUUGAGGAUUAUAAAAUUAAACUGACACAGCAGCAAUCUGGUUAAUUGCUGAAUGAAGAAAGAAGAACUUAAUCUUACAUUAGCAGUCCCCCAGCCUUGUUGAACAAAGCACCGACUGCGACAGGUAUAAGCUUCCAGUGGAUGAAAAUGACAUCACUCGCUCAUACGUACACAUGUAUGUCAUAUACAGAUCGCAUCAGCAUGGGAGAGUUGGACACAUCCUAUGAAUUUUUACAGAGAACAAUCUGAAGUAUGGCUAUUGCUUAGUUACUCUUCCCACCACUGUUGUUGUUUUUCUUACUGUGAAUCUCGGCAGAUCUGCGGAGGGCAUACAGUGUAGACGGUAUUCCUUAAAUACCACCUCCCCCCCAAGCUGAACUGAAGAAGCAAAUUACCCUGGACUCAACUUACCUCUAUUUAAUGUAUGUAGUGUUCUCCCUAAUUUUGUUCAUGGUGAGAUGCAUCCUUUAGAGGACUUUAUCACACAGAAAAAAAGAUACUGCAUUAGCAAAAAAAAAAAAAAAAAUCUAUCAGGUUCCAAUGAAUCCAGCACUGUUUGCUUUGCAACAUGAUGCUAAGAGGAUGGGAAGGGGGAAGUAAUUGCUCUGAAGUGGGAACUAUAUGGUGUGCUUUAAAAAGACAAAGGUUUUCAGACUAGAGUGAAUGAACUAAAGUACAAAAUUUGUUGUUCAUUAACAGAUUUUUAUCUUAUUUGGUUUUUAGGGUCUAAACCAUACCCACCACUUCCUUACAGAUCAUACAGAGACUGUGGCUUCUCUUCUAACUUGUACAAUGACCAUGGUGCUACUGCAACCUAUAAUAAAUGAUAAUGAACUGGAUGGAUAUUAGAUUCAAAACUAAGCCCUAACAGCAGAUGGCUUGUUUAUAUGUGAAAGGAAUGUUCCACCUGCCCCAAAACAGACCUCAAAAAGCUUUGAUGAAACCUAAAUGCCAUGUGAUACUGAACUUAGUUUUAGUACUGACUUGAUGCUGGCCUUUCAAAUGUUCUAGUCUUUCUCCAUCUAGAAAGGUGGAACAUAACAUUUGCUUUGAAUUCAUUCACUGUUUUAUUUCAAUUCAGAGCAAUUCCAAAAUGGCUGUAGGGUUUGGAAAAACGAGGCUAAUUGUAAAACCUGGCUAUGCAUUUAGCCAGAAAGCUGGAAUUGUUCCUGCUCACUGCCAGGUAAAAGUUACCCAUGCAUGAGUGAGUUGUUGAAAUGUGAGGGGCAUUGGUGAGCUAUUGUUUGAGGGCAACCCAGAAAAUUAAGCUGAUCUGGGGUACAGAGCCCGAAACAUGUUCUACAUGACAUACUAAAGCUUGGUAGUGUUUACAGUGCCAUUCUUGUGUUGGGUUUUGAUCUGUGGAAACCUGUGCCGUCUGGACCAUGGCAGCCUGAAAUGCACUCUUGCCGUUCUGUGAGAUGAGCAGUCAAAGUGUGCAGGGCAGUUUUGUCUAAAUUUGUGUGCGGAGGGGCUUGAGGCAGAAAUCCAAUUCUUUUCACAUAUCUAUCAGCACAUGAGUUCAAGCAGGGGCAACAUGUCAGGGGAAAAUGUCAUGUCAAUACUCAAGCUGUGUAUGGAAGAACUAAGUGGAAGAUUAGUACAACAUCAUUCCAGCCAGGGAGCAAUGGUUCUGGUGACACUGUUGAUAUGCUGUUUGUUAAUUUUUGUACGUGAGCUGAGAGCUAUACAGAGAAACGUACACACCCAGCCAUUCCUUUGAGCAGAACCAUUUCCAGAAUGAUGCCACUAAAAUCCUGUUUAAUUCCAAACAAAUCCAGAGCAAUAACCAUAAAUGUACCUGCAACAAUGCUAAUGCUCAUACGUGUUUGCUAAAAGGGCUUUUUUUGUUGUUGUUGUUUUGUGGUUGGGUUUUUUUUGUGUGAUGUCUGAAUCUUUUUAGUAGGCACAGUGUGACUUCAUGAUGGAAUUGUUUUUUUUUUAGUUAUCUGAAACGCACUGUAUGUGGAUGGGCCCUUCCUUAAAAGCUGUUUCUUAAAGUGCAAAUGCUCACUCCUUUUCUAAUGAUCCAAUUGAGGCCGGUACAGCUGAGGUAUUAACACCCAGGAGAUUAAUCAAAAUGAGAUUCCUCUUGAUGAUAUUUUACAUUUUGGGGUACCUUCCUGCAUUCAGGCAAUUUCAUAAGAAAGAGUUAAAAUUUGGUCUCAUAAAGGUUAUCACUGUUGCAAACUAAACAACAUUCAUAGUCCAAAACUUUCAAACCUCAGUGCUUAAAAUGGAAGCACAGAAGUCAGAUUUAGGGAGGUAUUAAGGGCUUAGGGGGGCUUUCAGAUGCACCAGAUCAUCUUUAAGCCUUUAUGUAGUCACACACUUCAUUUAUUUAGAGGUGCUAAACAUCCUCAUCUCUUGGUGAAUACUGAAGCAGUUACUGCUUUCUAGAGGUGCAUGGUGUAUUGAUCCAUAGCAUGUGGUCUCCAGAAAUGCUGACUGCACCUUGCAAGUAACUCAGAGAUGAGAGUGCACAACUUCAAAUGAGAAGACAAUACUUUCAAAAUAGACUUUAGGAAUUGUGGCUUGCCUUCACAUAGCUCUGUGGCCAAAAUCCUAUUGAUUUAAAUAGAAACCAUUUCAAGAGUUAAGUUACCGCUUCAGUUGCAUUCGUGCCUUAUACUUGGCCUGACUAGGGGGUACAGCUCCGGACAGCAGGGUGGUGUGGUCAGAGCUUUGCUUCACCAACAGGCAUUACAAAGCCUGAAUACAACUGAAAAAAAAAAGGGAGGGAUGACAAUUUGGGGAAUGUCAUUAUU